AUGACAGCCUCCGUGCUCCUCCACCCCCGCUGGAUCGAGCCCACCGUCAUGUUCCUCUACGACAACGGCGGCGGCCUGGUGGCCGACGAGCUCAACAAGAACAUGGAAGGGGCGGCGGCGGCGGCAGCGGCGGCGGCAGCGGCGGCGGCGGCGGGAGCUGGGGGCGGGGGCUUCCCCCACCCGGCUGCAGCGGCCGCGGGGGGCAACUUCUCGGUAGCCGCAGCAGCCGCCGCCGCCGCUGCCGCCGCGGCCAACCAGUGCCGCAACCUGAUGGCUCAUCCCGCACCCCUGGCGCCAGGCGCCGCGGCCGCCUACAGCAGCGCGCCGGGGGAGGCGCCCCCGUCCGCCGCCGCUGCCGCUGCUGCCGCCGCUGCAGCCGCCGCCGCUGCAGCCGCCGCGUCGUCGUCGGGAGGGCCCGGGCCUGCGGGACCAGCGGGUGCCGAGGCCGCUAAGCAAUGCAGUCCCUGCUCGGCGGCGGCACAAAGCUCGUCGGGGCCCGCGGCUCUGCCCUACGGCUACUUCGGCAGCGGCUACUACCCGUGCGCCCGCAUGGGCCCGCACCCCAACGCCAUCAAAUCGUGCGCGCAGCCCGCCUCGGCCGCCGCCGCCUUCGCCGACAAGUACAUGGACACCGCGGGCCCGGCGGCCGAGGAGUUCAGCUCCCGCGCCAAGGAGUUUGCCUUCUACCACCAGGGCUACGCAGCCGGGCCUUAUCACCACCACCAGCCGGUGCCCGGCUACCUGGAUAUGCCAGUGGUCCCGGGGCUCGGGGGCCCUGGCGAGUCGCGCCACGAGCCCCUGGGGCUUCCCAUGGAAAGCUACCAGCCCUGGGCGCUGCCCAACGGCUGGAACGGCCAAAUGUACUGCCCCAAAGAACAGACGCAGCCUCCCCACCUCUGGAAGUCCACUCUACCCGACGUUGUCUCCCAUCCUUCAGAUGCCAGCUCCUACAGGAGGGGGAGGAAGAAGCGGGUGCCUUACACUAAGGUGCAGUUGAAAGAACUCGAACGGGAAUACGCUACCAACAAAUUCAUUACCAAGGACAAACGGAGGAGGAUAUCAGCCACGACGAACCUUUCUGAGAGGCAGGUCACAAUCUGGUUCCAGAACAGGCGGGUCAAAGAGAAAAAAGUCAUCAAUAAGCUGAAGACCACUAGUUAA